CGGCAGACUGAAUUUCCAUUAGUAGUGUGGCCCAAAAACUUUUUGAUGUAGUGGGCUGCCCAGAUUACGUUACAACCGCCCGCCAAGCAUAUAUUCAAAACAAUCCAAUUCGCAAAUCCCAAUUGAGUCAAUUUUUUUACCAGAUUUCGUGGGAGGAACACGGAAUCCCAAAAAAGGGAAUAAAGUGGGGGGAGAGAGAAGAACUCGGAAGGCUCCUGCACGCCUCUUUCAAAGAUCAGAACUUUACCUUUGGAAACCCUAAUUCUUCGGGCUAGGGUUACGAUCGCGGCGUGGAAUGAUGGAAAGCGACGAACUUGAUAUCGAUUACUACAGCCGAAUCAUGGAGGAAGCGGCAUUCAUCGACAUAUAUUUGAACGAACCCCAAAGCGCUGUGGGUACUGAUGCUUCUUCACCUGAAACAAUUGCACAGAAUGGAAGCAGGAAAAGGGAACGUGAUGAAUCAUGUGUUGGACAAGGUUCGAAGGCUAUCCGUGAGAAGAUGCGCCGAGAUAAGAUGAACGAAAGGUUCCUAGAAUUGAGCAAACUCCUAGAAGCUGGAAGGCCUGCUAAGAGUGACAAGUUUGCUAUAUUGGAUGAUACCAUUCGUAUCCUGAGUGAACUGAGAGCAGAAGCUCUGGAGCUCACGAAAAAGAAUAAAAAACUUGAGGAAGAGAUUGCAACAUUGAAGGAGGAGAAAAAUGAACUGAAAGAAGAAAAAUCUCUUUUGAAAGCAGAGAAAGAGAGAAUAGAGGGGUAUUUUAGGACCAUGCCUAUGUUUGCUGCUGGAUAUAUGCCACCACAUCCAGUUGCUUACCAUCCUGUUGCAAAUAAGAUGAUGACUUUUCCUAACUAUGGAGCAAUUCCUAUGUGGCAAUUUUUGCCACCUUCUGCUCGAGAUGUCUCUAAAGAUCAUGAGCUUAGGCCCCCAAUGGCCUAAUAUUAUUUUGUAAACACUUUGUUUCUUCUUAAGUUAAUUGACAAAAAUAAAAUGUACUGAGUUCUAUGGCAUUUAACAUAGUGUUAUGAUACGUUGAAAUGUACUUAUGCUAAGCAUGUGAUAUAUUGAGCACGUGAUAUAAGAGGCCUAAAUAGUAUGUGUAUAUUCUUAUA